UGCGGCGUUGAACUCGUGCACGUGUCGCCGUCUCACCGUGCCACGACUCCAUCGUUUCCUUUCCCAUUUCCCGACGAGCAGUUCGCAGAAGCGGUCCGCGGUGCGGUGUCGACUCCUCGGGUCCUCUGCAACCCGCGGUUCGUGUCUGCGAGGCGCUGAACCACUGCUAACUGAGCGGCUUAUUAAGGUAGGGUUUUUUUUUUAUUAGGGUGCCGGGAGGUCAUUGGAUUCGGCUUUAAUUGCAUGAUGUCCGGAGUCCAUGCGGCGUUUGAGCGUCCUAACGUGCAAACCGAGCGAUGUGUGUCCUCGUCCCUGCAGACGGGGACACACAAGACGAGCUCGAGCAAACAGGCGUGCGGCUGAAAUAAUAAUGGAGCUGCAUUUGGAGCAGCGCCACUGCAUUCCGGCGUUGGGAUGUAGGGCAAAAACUUUGUGAGGUGGAUCCCAGCGGCAGCCUUCUUACAAACGGCGACGUUUUAAGCAUGACAUCCGCAUGGGACGCGGCUUCGGCCUCCGAUUGCAACACAUUAUUACUGAUUCAUAUUCAUGAUACAAAUGGGUUCAAAAAACAGGCUCAUUGGGGAUGGAUUAUUCGAUGAAAAGGUUGUUUGAGGUGGCACUGAGACAGGGUAUGCUAGUAGGUGAGAUAAGGCCGAAAUGUAUUAUGGUGAGGUUUUGGAUUACAAAACUGGAUUAUAUUAUAAAUGUGAUGUCCAAUAAACCCCAAGGGAAAGAGAGGGGGUAUUAGAUUUAGCUCUGGAAUAUGCUUACAUUGGAAAUCCAGAUUUCAUAAGAAAACACCUUAGUUAAACUAAAAUAAAGUAUACAUUAAUUACUUGUCUAUUUUGCAUGCAUCCAUGCUCUUGGUUAUCACCUGCUGAGAAAAAAAAGAGCACGUCGCGUCAAGGCCAUCGGCUGCUGAGAUCUCGCGAGAGUUCCAGCGUUCGCGGUAGCUGGCCGUGGCUUUGCAGCAGACAGACAGAGAGGGAGAAGGCAGGCAGGCAGCAUCAUGGCGGACAGAGACAGUGGUAGCGAGCAGGGAGGAGCACCCACGGGCCCGGGCUUCGGCUCCAUGCACCCGGCUACCGGAGGGGCGGGCUCGGCUUCCGGGCUCCAACACGAGACCCAGGAGCUGGCGUCGAAGCGGGUUGACAUCCAAAACAAACGCUUCUAUCUGGACGUAAAGCAGAACGCGAAAGGCCGCUUCUUGAAGAUCGCCGAAGUCGGGGCCGGUGGAAACAAGAGCCGCCUCACUCUCUCCAUGUCCGUGGCGGUCGAGUUCCGCGACUACUUGGGGGACUUCAUCGAACACUACGCCCAGCUGGGUCCCAGCAACCCGGCGCUGGUGCAGGACGAGCCCCGGCGAGCCCUCAAGAGCGAGUUCUUGGUCCGGGAGAAUCGGAAGUACUACAUGGAUCUGAAAGAGAACCAGAGGGGACGGUUCCUGAGGAUCCGACAGACCGUUAACCGGGGGCCCGGUUUGGGAUCCACGCAAGGCCAGACGAUCGCUCUGCCGGCCCAGGGACUUAUUGAGUUUCGUGACGCUUUGGCUAAACUUAUUGACGAUUACGGCGUAGAGGACGAACCCGCAGAGUUGCCCGAAGGGUCAUCGUUGACUGUGGACAACAAGCGGUUUUUCUUCGACGUCGGAUCCAAUAAGUACGGUGUGUUCAUGCGCGUGAGCGAGGUGAAGCCGACGUACCGCAACUCGAUCACGGUGCCCUACAAAGUGUGGUCCAAAUUCGGGAACACUUUCUGUAAAUAUGCCGAGGAGAUGAAGAAGAUCCAGGAGAAGCAGCGGGAGAAAAGGGCAUGCGAGCUGCAGCAACAAGAGGAGCUGCAGGCGGACGACGACGGCGACGAGGAUUGAUCGUAGCGAUGCCUGCAAUGCAAAGAGUAAUGAAAAUAACAAAGAGAAAUAUAAUUAAAAACUCUACUGUACAGAGAGAGAAAUCUAAAGAUUUAACUGUAAUGGUUUAACUCCAAGGGAGCAUCACCCUCAAUAUAAGAAACCUCCACAAGCUGACAGUUAUGACAUGUUGUCACUCAUCGCUGGAUGUUUCCCCCACUUAUCCACCAUUAAUACAGUAACAGGCUGCUAAACAAAGUAAUAACAUUAUAUUUGAACAUUGUUUCCUACUUGACAGACAAUAUUGAACUGAGGUGUUUAUUUCCCUUAUUAAUGGACAACUUUUGUACCAGUUAAAGCUAUUGAAAAGAGAGCGAUGGGGGGGGGGGGGGAGCAAUCUGCAGUGUUCAAACGGAGUUCUUGCAGAGGACCUUUUCCCUUUUCAUGUGAGCUAUUGGCUUCAGCACAAAUCAGAGGUUUUUCAUUUUCAAAACCAAAAUUCAAGAACUCUGUUAAAAGGUACUUGGCCAUCGUCUUUACCUUUUUACCUGUGAGCAGAGAUGUGUUUACACAUAAAUUAUAUGAGGGCUAGGACUGCUAUGAAAGAGAAAGCGGCUAGAUGUCAUGCAGUAUAAAAAGGACCACAUAGAGCAUUCGUUUCAUUUGAUGAAAAUGCCUACCCAUCGUGCAAUAUGCAUUGCAUACAAAUCAAAUAUAUUGAACUGGUCAAUGGCUCUUGAUGACGUUUGCCGGAGGCAUUCAAAGAAAUAUUAAUAUUGUAACUUUUGUUUUCAGUUGGAAUUAUUGUCAUGCAGAUGGAUAUAUUAUAGACUACCUUAGUGUCUCGUUGUUAAUGCAAUGUGUUCAUUUAAAAAAAAAAAAAGGUACUAAAUGUGUAAGCGAUAGAGGAAAUGCAGUGAAAACGUGUAGUAAAUAGCUUGAAUUGCAGAUUACUUAACAAGACAAACACCCUACAUAAUGUGCUGAUUAGCUUAUUGGUCUGGAGAGAAAAAAUAAUAAUCAAAAACUGAAAUAUUUUGUGAUCUUAAGUCAUAAAAGUCCAAAUGGUGCCAAGUGCUGUUCCUGCAUGUUACUAUGCACUAAAAUAGAUUUCGUUGGUUUCUCCAAAUUAUACGCCGAAGGACUCUUCCAUGUGUGUUUUAUCUGCCCGUAGUGUACGAAUCUCAAGUUUGAGUACCGAGUGAUUUCCAUCCCACGGCUUGGUGCGGUUGUAGUGGAAGUUGUCUUCGCGGCGCAAUCGUUUUUUUGUGACCUUGCAAAAAGUCAUCAAAAAUAUCGCCAUCACAAUGAAGGUGAACCUUCAGCAGUGGGUUGUUGAGUUCGUACGUCCCCCACAAAGUUUAACGAGCUGAAGGUGUGAACCUGUGUGGGGGGCCUCUUUGGAGACACACACACACACACACACUUUAAUAGCUCCACUCCAGGUUUGUUAACCCAUAUAUCUGCCCGGAGCUGAUGAGAUUAUGUUCUAGUCUAAUUGUAAAUGUUUGGACUGCCACACGGAAAACAACUGGUUCCAAACCAGUUCAGUCGCAUCUCAUAGAUGUGUGAUAGCAGUUUUAUAAACUCUGCCCGUAAACUCCAGAGACACUGGCAACAAUCGGAUCGUGUCAGAUUUACCUCAGCAUUUGAUUUAAAUGACUGCUCCCAUGUUUUACAUUGACUGGAAACCAGCAAGCUAGACAGUCCACGACCACCUAUUCCUCGGAGCCUCCGGUAGAUGAUACCUGGCGUGGGAGCGUCCUCUUCAGCAUACGAACAACCUGGUGCCUUACACACUCCGCAUGCUUACACGCUGGGCUGGUGCUUUGGAUCGCACGUUUGGCUUCUCUUUAAUCGUUUCCUCUCCUCUUCCCAUUCGUCCCCUUGUGCGCUAGCAAACGACUCGCGGUGCUAAAAAGAGUUUUGGCACGAACCCUAAUGGAAAUUUCUGAACAGAAUUUAACUUUUCUUUUCUGCUACCUCCCUCCGUUUUCCCAACCUCCAUUACAUCCCCGUUCCCAGCCAUCCAGGCAUCGGCCUACAUGUAAACGUGGAAAGGGGGAGGGCGGGGGGGUCGGGGGUCACCCAGGUGGAAGGUGAGGCAGAGGAGUCGGCUGGGCGCGUUAGCUGAGGGGGCUGGUUGGGAAACAUCAGUAGUAGCCUGAAAUAAUACCCAGUAUUGUUGACAAGCCGGCGGUGAAAUGCUCGUUCUACGGCUUGGGUAGUUAUGUGUUAAGUUGUACCUCGCUCAAUUAACGGGGAGCAGCAAGCAUGUCUUUUUCCUUUUUUUUUCUUUUUCCUCUUAGUUUUACCUUUUCAGCGUUAUUCCACGUUAUUUGUAAUUUUGGAAUGUUUUUGCCCACAAAAAAUAUAUCUUCUUUUUUUUCUCGGUGCAACAUUUCAUCACUGUGUGCAAUAUCGUAUGUGCCAAUAGUGGCAAUAUAUGUAUAUCAAUUAAAUAUAUGAUUACUAUUUGAAAGCAUGUGACGGAAUUCCAUGUUUAUUUCUCAUGAAGGAGUUGUAUGCCUUUAUUUGCACUCAAAGCUCCAUCCUGGAGGAAAAUAUAGUAAACCAAGGUCUUAACAGCGUGUUGGGUUAAGCAGUUCACAGUACUUUAACUUGAAAUAGAACAAUGUCACUGCAAGUACGCCUCUCUUUUAGGAAAAGACCCAACAAUGGGUUGUCGAGGGUAGACAAUAAACACACAAUGGAGUUUUUGUGAAAAGAAACUUAUUAAAAAAACAAACCUUGAAAUAUCCAUUUUAGCUUUUGAGCUAAGAAAAGGUGCUUCAGUCGGAUUCUCAUUAAGGUGUAUGGUGAACUGUCUUCAGUGGUUGUUUGUGUGUAGCACUUUGCUUUCCCAGGUUAAUGAAAUGCCUGACCAAUACUUGUUUCAGAUUAUCUCAACAAAGAAUGUCUUAUUUUUACUUUAAGAUGAAGUGUUUGAUGCAUUAAAUAUAAUUUAUGUACAUUUGACAAAUUUCAAAAAUAAAUUUAAUUUACCCAAUGAGGGAGAAUCGACAUUCAAAUGUAUUGCUUUUUUUUUUUUUUUGGUUUCUAGUUGGAGGAAAAGAAAAACCCUUCUCAAAAUGUCCAAUUCACUGAAAAGUGUUUAAUUUUGAUGUAGUGUUGUCCACAAUGUCUGACUCUGCAUUUACAAUGAUACUAAUUAUUGAAGCUUAAUUUUACAGCCUUUUAAAAUGCAAAUGACAAGUUACUGAUGACUCAUGUCUUCUUAGUGAUUUCUACACUAGUACUGUAUGUAUACUUCUGGGCUGUAAAAUAAAGCAUUACGUUGUUCUCUAUCAA